AUGUUUCUCCCUGUAGACGCUCCCAUCAAUGUGAGGAUCACAGCUCCAACAGCCCCUCCUGCUGGUGAAUACAUCACACUGCGGUGUGAAUCACAGGCCAACCCUGCAGUGAACUCUUACAGCUGGAGAAAGCUCUGUGGCUCUCAGUCUACAGAUCUGUGGAGAGAUGGUGUGGAAUACAGACUGAGGGCCACAGUAGAGGUCGGGACCUGCGACUAUUUCUGCACCGUAAGGAAUUAUCUCGGCAGAACGGAGUCCCCAGCUCAACGCAUCGAUGUCCAGUACGCUCCCAUCAAUGUGAGGAUCACAGCUCCAACAGCCCCUCCUGCUGGUGAAUACAUCACACUGCGGUGUGAAUCACAGGCCAACCCUGCAGUGAACUCUUACAGCUGGAGAAAGCUCUGUGGCUCUCAGUCUACAGUUCUGCGGAGAGAUGGUGUGGAAUACAGACUGAGGGCCACAGUAGAGGUCGGGACCUGCGACUAUUUCUGCACCGUAAGGAAUUAUCUCGGCAGAACGGAGUCCCCAGCUCAACGCAUCGAUGUCCAGUACGCUCCCAUCAAUGUGUGGAUCACAGCUCCAACAGCCCCUCCUGCUGGUGAAUACAUCACACUGCGGUGUGAAUCACAGGCCAACCCUGCAGUGAACACUUACAGCUGGAGAAAGCUCUGUGGCUCUCAGUCUACAGAUCUGUGGCGAGAUGGUGUGGAAUACAGUCUGUGGGCCACAGAAUGA